UUAUUGAAGCAAUGACUUUUAAAAUAUAUAUUUGAGUGCAAAUAACAAUGAACAAAACCAACUGUGAAAUAACUAGUGGGCCGAAUAUUGUUAUGGAGGCUCCAAAAUCGAAACUCUUUGCUCAAACUAUUGUGGACAUUAAGGAUGACUUCGAAGAUAAAUAUGAGAAGGCUUAUCGAUCAUACGAAAAGACUAUUUUGAAUGCGAAUGAUAAAGAAUUACAACACCUGCUAUCAGCAACUUUAUGUAAAGAGAAACAACAUGAAGAGAUAUGCUUAGCGCUGAUGUACACGAUUUUGACAGAUCCAAGCGCUGCAGAGAAAGCAUAUUGUGAUCUCACGUUAUUAACCCACGAUGGUCUUUUGUUUGUAACGAACAAUUUGGCAAUGCUCGUUGCUGAAAAAUAUCAUCGGCUGAAUGAUGUUUCACGAAAGCAGUUAUUAUGGUUUCUUAGAGAACUAAUUAAAAAUCAAGUGAUGAAUGUUGAUAAUCUUGUGUGGAACAUAUUACGACAAGCUAGCGGUGGAGAUAUAAGCCCAAGAAAUAUAGCCUUAGUAGAAGGUCUUUUGGAUAUAUUUAUCGAAUAUCGCUUAUGGUUGGAAAAAGACCAGUUUUUAGUCGGCACCGUAGUCUAUACGUUUUUGAG